AUGUCCCCAGAAGAAAAGCAACUUGUUAGAAAAAUAGACCUUUGUUUAUUACCAAUUAUCUGUACAAUUGAUUUUCUACAGUUUUUGGAUAAAUCUACCAUCAGUUAUGCUGCUACUAUGGAUUUUAGAGAAGACCUUCAACUUGAUGGCUUUCAUUAUAGUUUUAUUGGCUCUAUUUUCUAUUUGGGGUAUCUCUUGUAUCAGUUACCUAAUAAUUACCUCCUUCAACGGAUGCCUGUGGGACGAUAUAUAGGUAUUAUUGUCACCCUUUGGGGCGUUGUUCUGACAUGCACUGCUGCCGCCAACAACUUUUCACAAGUAGCUGCUAUGCGUUUCCUACUUGGAUUUUUUGAAGCAGGCGUCUAUCCUUCAUUGACUUUGCUUGUCAGUACUUUCUACCGUCGUUCAGAACAGGCCGCACGACUAGGCGCCUUUUGGUUAUGUAAUGGUAUCGCUCUGUUUUUGGGUGGCCUGAUUUCUUACGGUAUUCAAGAGAUGCCCAACACUUAUGGUUUGGCUCGUUGGAAAUGGGUGAUGAUUAUUCUUGGUUCAACUACAACGUUCGUUGGUAUCUUUAGCUUUUUCUUCUUAAUCGAUAAUCCUAAAGCUGCAUCACUUUCUCUUAAUGCUGAACAGGAGAUUCUUGUAGAAGAACGUACAAGAGACAAUGCUGUUUUUCGUACAACCAUGAUCAAAAAAGAACAAAUCAUUGAAGCACUUAAGGAAGUUCGGUUCUGGGCCUUGUGCUUUGCAUGCCUUUUUAUUAAUAUGCAGAACGGCGCUAUGACAACGUACAAUUCUCAGAUUGCUGUAGGACUUGGUUUUAGUAGGCUGAAUGCAGUACUUUUGAGUAUUGGCACUGGCGUAGCUGAUAUUGUCUUCAUCAUAAUAGCUGUCUUCUGUGUCAACAGAUACAAGCAGACAGUCUAUACGGCCAUUGGCUUAAUGAUUGUAGACAUUAUUGGCCUUGUGUUACUAUUCUCGCUCCCUAACUUGCACUCUCGCUUGGUAGGGUACUAUCUUUCUUGGGCUUAUCCUGCUGUCUAUGUCUUGCUAUGUACCAUUAUUUCCAACAACGUGUCUGGAUAUACAAAAAAAAUCUUUUACAAUGGUGCUACAAUGAUCUUUUAUACAAUUGGUAAUUUUUGUGGUCCGUUCUUGAUGAUUGAAGGAGAAGCACCUAGUUAUACUACAGGCAUGGCAGUCUACGUCGCAGCUGAUGUAGUUGUUAUUUUUCUACUCUUAAUUGCUAGACAUCAAAUGGUCAAGAUCAAUAGAGAACGACUGUCAACUAAUACGGUUGUCAUGACACAUGUGGAAGACGACCUUAGUGAUAUCCAAGACAAAAACUUCUUAUACCGUCUUUAA